AUGAAAACCGGGACUACAGGGACGACACUCUGGCUAGGCGCCCAAAUCCUCGCUACCUAUCUCUCGGACACGCUCCCUCCUUCUUCCUCGGUCGAGCGCAAGCGGAGAUGCCUAGACCUAGGUUCAGGGGUGGGAUACCUCCCGCUCUGUCUCGCCGCGUGGGGAUGGGACGUGAUAGCGACCGAUAUUGAGCCAGUGGUAUCCACCGUGCUUACGCCCAACGCGGCAGAAGGGCUCGAUGUUAUCAGGCGGGAGAUGGCACGUCGAGGCGUCCUCGCAAGCGUCGGAACUAUCACACCGCUCGAGCUCGACUGGAUCAACUACGUCGCGGCAGACACGACUCCACCUUCAGACCUCCCGGACCCCCUGCGCGGAGACUAUCUCGACCUCAUCAUCACCACCGAUACCCUUUACGCCCCCUCCCUCACCCAACCCCUCUGGUCGACCCUCACCCACUUCUCCAACCUAUCCCGCUCCCGCCAUCCUAAGGGCAAGGCCCCAGAACUGCUUCUCGCGCUGGAGAACAGGGAUCCGGGCAUGAUUGCUCAGGCGCUGGAUGUGGGGAGAGCCAUGGGUUGGAUAUUGAAGCGCGUGCCGGAUACUAGGGUGCAGAAAGGGGUGGAGAAGGCUGGGUGGGGAUGGGGUAGAGCAGAGUGGGAGGGCGUCGAGGUGUGGAAGGGACGACUUGAGAAGCUGGAUGUAAAGGCGAGAGCGUGA